AUGGUUGCAGGUGCAUCUCUGGGUCAGCUAAACUCUACGGUUCAGACGAUGGGUACUUCGGCGAACAAUGUCAACUACAACACAAACACAAUCAACAGAGCUUCCUUUUAUGUUGAGGCUUUCAUUGAUCGUUCGGCAGACUAUGCUUACAAUUCCGAUAUGGACUACACCAGUGAGCAUUAUUUUGGCAGUGAGUUAGAACGAGAAAUUGAUGAAGAGGAUGAGGAAGACGAGGAGGACGAAGAGGAGGAUGACGAGGACAGUAGGAGGGAAGACGAGGAAAAUCAGAAAACUCAGAACGAAACCGAGGAGUCCAAUUUCUCCCAAGCAACAGCCCAGCGUUCAUCUGAUACUUGCAGCCACACGCAAUCCUCAGACAGUAAUCGAGCUGCGAUCAGCCAAAGAAGCAACCACAACUCUAGCAGUACUUCCUCGCUCGCUCGGGAGUGUUUUGUUCGACUCUCGAAUUCCCUGAACCAGUCAAGUCAAAGGCUAAAUGCAUGUCGACGUAGUCUGCGGUCGGGGAGACGCAACAGACACUAA